AUGGGAGAGAAACAAGAAGGUGUCAAAGUUGAACAAGAGAAGAAGGCAGCCACCGUAGUCCCUGCUGAGACGACCGACGGCAAGCCAAAGAGCGCCGGAGGAGAUUCCGUGGCAGCCCCGGCGGCGGCCGCCUCCGCCUUUGUUUACAAAGUGGACAUGCACUGCGGAGGUUGCGCCAAGAAGAUCAAGCGAAUGGUGAAGCAAUUUGAGGGAGUGAAAGAUGUGACGGCGGAUAUAGGUGGGAAUAAGCUUACGGUGGUCGGAAAGAUCGAUCCGGUGAAACUUCAAGAAAAGUUAGAGGAAAAAACCAAGAGAAAGGUGGUACUCACCAACCCACCACCACCACCACCGCCGAAAGUUGACGGACCUGUUGCUGCCGCCGUUGUAGAAAAGAAAGCCGACGGUGGAGAUAAGGCGGCGGUUCCUCCUCCUCCAGCCGCUCCCAAAGAGAGCUCGGUGGCUUUAAAGAUCAGACUACAUUGCGAGGGAUGUAUGCAGAAGAUGAAGAAAAUAAUAUUGAAAAUCAAAGGCGUCGAAACGGUUGCUAUUGACGGAGCCAAAGACUUGGUGACAGUGAAAGGAACGAUGGACGUCAAAGAACUUGUGCCUCUUCUCUCUAAAAAGCUCAAACGAACCGUCGAGCCUCUGGUUCCCGCCAAAAAGGACGACGGAGCCGACGAGAAAAAGAAGGCGGAAUCCGCUCCUCCCGCCGAAAAGAAAGAGAGUCCAGUCGCCGGAGUAAGCGAAGCAAAGAAGGAAGGAAGUGACGCCGGAGAGAAGAAGAAAGAAGCUGGUGAUGGCGGAGAGAAGAAGAAAGAUGCCGAAGACGUUGGAGAAAAGAAGAAGGAAGUCGGAGACGGCGAAAAGAAGGAAGGCGCCGGCGGAGGAGGAGGUGCGCCGGUGGCGACAGUGAACAAGAUGGAUCACUAUGGGUACUCAUAUCCGACGGCUCCAAUGUAUUGGCAAGAAGGACACGUGUACGGUCAGAGUUAUUCGAUGGAAGGCCAGAGUUAUCCGAUGGGAGGUCAGGGUUAUCCGAUAGGAGGUCAGAGUUAUCCAGGUUCGGGAUACAAUUACGCGAGUGAGAGUUACGUGCCGUACGCGCAACCAAACAUGAACGCUCCUCCUGGAAUGUACUUCAGCGACGAGAACCCCAACGGUUGCUCCGUUAUGUAA